UUAGUAUAAAAGCUCCUCUGCGAAUUGUUGAGAUCACACUCAAGUCUUUCUGAAGAUAUUCAUCACUUCUAGUAACGGACGGUUGUUAAAAUGAGAGGAUUCACAGUUCUGUUCAUGCUAAUUGCAUCAGUCUUGGUACUGUUGUCUAGCGUUGCAUCGCAACCACCACCAGUUGAACCUGAACCACCCACUGAACCACCAACUGGACCACCAACUGGACCACCAACUCCACCACCAGGACCAACACCAGGACCUACACCAGGACCUACACCCGGACCAACACCUCGACCAAGAUGCCUUGCAAACGGAAGUCGUUGCAGAAGUGACGGAAGUUUAGGCAUUUGCUGCUCAAGAUUCUGCUUCGUUGCUCGCGGACAACGUGUUGGCGCUUGCCGUCGUCGUUAAUAAUUAAUGACUACAAAUGUAAACCUUGUCGCCUCAUCAGAAAAAUAAUAAACUUUUAUUGAAUUACUUUCAA